AUGGGUAAAGACUUUCGUUAUUAUUUCCAGCAUCCCUGGUCUCGGUUGAUUGUGGCCUACUUGGUGAUCUUCUUUAACUUCUUAAUAUUUGCGGAGGACCCAGUUUCUCAUAGCCAAACAGAAGCCAACGUUAUUGUUGUUGGAAACUGUUUUUCAUUUGUAACAAAUAAAUACCCUAGAGAAGUUGGUUGGAGGCUUUUGAAGGUGCUUCUAUGGCUACUUGCCAUUCUCAUAGGACUAAUAGCUGGCAAAUUUCUGUUCCAUCAGCGUUUGUUUGGUCAGUUGCUCCGGUUGAAAAUGUUUCGAGAGGAUCAUGGAUCAUGGAUGACAAUGUUUUUCAGCACAAUUCUCUUCCUCUUCAUAUUUUCUCACAUAUACAACACGAUUCUUCUAAUGGAUGGGAACAUGGGAGCGUAUAUCAUUACAGACUAUAUGGGCAUCCGAAAUGAAAGUUUCAUGAAAUUAGCUGCAGUAGGGACCUGGAUGGGGGACUUUGUCACAGCUUGGAUGGUCACUGAUAUGAUGCUUCAGGACAAGCCCUAUCCUGAUUGGGGAAAAUCUGCAAGAGCUUUCUGGAAGAAAGGAAACGUUAGGAUUAUUUUAUUCUGGACGGUUCUUUUCACUCUGACAUCUGUGGUUGUACUUGUCAUUACAACUGACUGGAUCAGCUGGGACAAGCUGAAUCGGGGAUUUUUGCCCAGUGAUGAAGUUUCCAGAGCCUUCCUGGCUUCUUUCAUCUUGGUCUUUGACCUCCUUAUUGUAAUGCAGGACUGGGAAUUCCCACAUUUCAUGGGAGACGUCGAUGUAAAUCUUCCCGGUUUGCACACACCUCACAUGCAGUUCAAGAUUCCUUUCUUCCAGAAGAUCUUCAAGGAGGAAUAUCGUAUUCACAUAACAGGUAAAUGGUUUAACUAUGGGAUUAUCUUUCUCGUCUUGAUUUUGGAUCUUAAUAUGUGGAAGAAUCAGAUAUUUUAUAAGCCUCAUGAAUAUGGACAGUAUAUUGGCCCAGGGCAGAAGAUAUAUACAGUGAAAGACUCAGAGAGUCUAAAGGAUUUGAACAGAACCAAGCUAUCCUGGGAAUGGAGGUCCAAUCACACCAACCCUCAGACUAAUAAAACCUAUGUUGAGGGAGACAUGUUCCUACACAGCAGGUUCAUAGGGGCAAGACUUGAUGUCAAGUGUCUGGCUUUUGUGCCAAGUCUGAUAGCUUUUGUGUGGUUUGGAUUCUUCAUUUGGUUCUUUGGACGGUUUUUGAAAAAUGAGCAAGGCAUGGAGAAUCAAGACAAUACUUACACACGCAUGAAAAGAAAAUCCCCAUCAGAACAAAGCAAGGACAUGGGAAUCACGCGAGAAAACACCCAGGCCUCAGUGGAAGACCCGUUGAAUGACCCCCCUUUGGUGUGCAUCAGAUCUGACUUCAAUGAGAUCGUCUACAAGUCUUCCCACCUAACGUCGGAGAACUUGAGCUCGCACUUAAAUGAAUCGACCAGCGCCACAGGGGGCGACCCAGAUCCAACGACUUCUAAAAGUACACCGAUGAACUAGACCGCUUAUUGGGGGAUAGCACAAAGAGCAACCCUGGGUGUAACUUUCAAAAGUUAGUUUUUCCUUUUGUAAAUGUUAAGGUUUACGUAGCGUUAGGUAAAGAAAUACAAACGAUGCCACAACGGUGCUCAACCUGCUUUUUCUAGGACUCAUUGUUUUCUAUUUGUAUUAUGAUACCUGUGCCUACAGUAUAUCUAACGGUCCUCUAGAGAUUGCUUUUUCACAGUUGUGCAAGCUACUUACUGACUUUACAGCCUAGUAGAUUAGCUGGUUACCCAUGUAUCUGAUGUUCAACCAUAGUGGUGCCUUGAGACAUUAAACUUUUUAACUGUACCAGAACCGAAGUGUAGAACAGUUCUCUAACCUUCUUCACAUGGGGUUUUUUUUUAUACAAUUAUUUUGAUCUCCACUUGAUGUCUGAGCAGGAAACAGAUAUAGCCGAGAUGUGGCUCAGGAAGUAUGUCUCGGUUUCUUAUUCAGCAGCGGAGUUGGUGACUUUGAUAGCUGGACUGCAGAGAAGC